UGGUCCCGCCAUUGUUUAGUUUGGUACGUUCCUUGGUUGGGAGUAAGUGAUCUUUGGUGUUUUGUAGUUUACGUAUUUGUGUUAUAAGUGACUACACAAAACUCAAAUUAUUAAGUGUUCAGUUGAAAUAUUAACCAUACAUUAUUUAUUCAUUUCACAAUGUAUACACAUAACCAGAACAGAAUGACCGGAGGGUCGCCAAACUUUCAGAGAUCAAGAUUUUCAGGCGGAACACCAACAAGAAGUCAUAGUUAUGGGUCCAGACAGCCAUUACAUUUACAACAAAACUGUAACUACAUGACACCCAGAGGAGGUCGAAUGUUCAAUCCAAGGAACAAUUCUGCAAGUCCAGACUUUAUACCGUUGGGUAUCAGUAGCCCUAUAAGAAGAGACAGGCAAAGUUGGGGCAAAAACAAUCACAGCAACAAUUCUAGUCUUUCUGGUUGGAGCUCACCUUCAAGUUCAAAUUCCAGUCCCCGUUUCAGCCCCUACAAUAACCAUGGUUCCAGAGGAAAUUUCAGGAGAAGAGGUAGUUUUAAUAACUCCAACAACUCGCCCAUCUCCGCGUAUGUGUGUAAAGAUGCAUUGGAAGAUCCUUGGUUGGAACUUGAAAAGAAAAUGAACUUACAGCAAAUUGUGAGAUCUGCAGAGCAACAAGAAAAGGCGUCGACUCCUACAACUAUUGUCCGAAGUAGUGACUCUGAUGUUUCUAGUGAUAAUGGUGAAGAGGAUGAUGGUGGAGAAUCAUAA